AUGGAUUUCCAUCGCAAUCUUAAACAAGAAAUUUAUGCAAAGAACGUUUUCUCGUACGAUGAAUUUGAAGAAGGACAUGAAGAAGAUGACGGAGUUUUCUACAGUGAACUUAGAAGACAAGUUUUGCUAUUAACAGCAGAAGAUAGUGAUGAAGAAUUACAUGAAAAUAGAAAUAGUCCAAACAUGACCGAGGCGCGAAAACACGGUUCAAUCCCCAUGCCCUCUUCAGUAAAACCACCUAGCUGUUUUUAUAACUGGUCAGGGAAUAAGGAUGAUUAUGCAGCACCUGCAUGGGUAUUGAACUUGUGGAGAACCGGCAAUGGAACUGGUGUUUUCAUACCGCAAAUCGUCCAGUCGAGCAGAAGAAAUAAACCAAGAAGGAGGAAGAAGAAUGAGAGAGGAAGAACAUAUAGGCACGUAGACCAGAUGAAUUGA